AUGAAUAGAAGCUCCGUUCUCAGUGCAAUCGCAGGAAUGUGUGGAGCGUUAGGUGCUGUUUCUGGAAAAUUAGCUUUUGAUUCAGAAAUCGGCGAUUAUACAAGAAUUUCUUGUUUUGCUGUAUUCAUCGCUUCGAAUUUGGCCAUGUGGGCAACGUACACUCGAGCUCUGACAUUAUCCGAUUCCACAACUUCUCCAAUGAUUGUCAACACAGCCUGUAACUUCGCUCUUACUGGAAUCCUUGGAAAUCUUAUAUUUGGCGAGUCACAUUCCUAUAUGUGGUGGUUCUUUCUUGCAGUCCUCAUCACGGGACUCACUAUGAUGCUCAGCCCGAGUAGUAAAGAUUCGAAAGAAGAGUAA